UCGGCUUCGCGGCGGUGCCGGCGGCGGAGGCGGAGGCGCAGGCUCCUACUCAGGAUCUGGCGAGCCCGGACCUAAGCGGCGGCCCCGCGAGGCCCCAGCACAUCGCCCCGGAUCGGGGCCUUCCCCGCCUCGCCCUGCCCCGGGAGCCUGCCUCCCCGGCCGGGGAUGAAGCCGGGAGGCGGCCGCGCGGGGCCCAGCACAAAGGCUUGUUUCCGGGGGCCGCUGCCGCCGCCGGCCCCAGCCUAAAGCCGCCCGCCGAGGCCGAUCCGGCGCCGGGGCCGUCAUCCCCGCAGGUCCCCGGGGGCGGCUGCUGCCCGUCUCCCCGAGACCCAGGGCCCCGAGCGCUGAGCCCCUUGUUCCUUCGGCUGCGGCGGGAUCCGGCAGCUGCGCAGCCUCCGCUGCUCCCGGCCGUGCGGGCCCCGCGGAGCAUGUGGGAGGAGAGCGACAUGGAGAAAGCCAUCAAGGAAACCUCCAUUUUAGAGGAAUACAAUAUCAAUUGGACUCAGAAGCUGGGAGCUGGAAUUAGUGGUCCAGUUAGAGUCUGUGUGAAGAAAUCUACCCAAGAACGGUUUGCACUGAAAAUUCUUUUUGAUCGUCCAAAAGCUAGAAAUGAGGUACGUCUGCACAUGAUGUGUGCCACACACCCAAAUAUAGUUCAAAUCAUUGAAGUGUUUGCUAACAGUGUACAGUUUCCUCAUGAGUCCAGCCCCAGGGCUCGACUCUUAAUUGUAAUGGAGAUGAUGGAAGGGGGAGAGCUAUUUCACAGAAUCAGCCAGCACCGGCACUUUACAGAGAAGCAAGCCAGCCAAGUAACAAAGCAGAUAGCUUUGGCUCUACAGCACUGUCACUUGUUAAACAUCGCACACAGAGACCUCAAGCCUGAAAAUCUGCUCUUCAAGGAUAACUCUUUGGAUGCCCCAGUGAAGUUGUGUGACUUUGGAUUUGCCAAAAUUGACCAAGGUGACUUGAUGACACCUCAGUUCACCCCAUAUUAUGUAGCACCUCAGGUACUGGAGGCACAGAGAAGGCAUCAGAAGGAGAAAUCUGGCAUCAUACCUACCUCGCCAACACCCUACACUUAUAACAAGAGCUGUGACUUGUGGUCCCUAGGGGUGAUUAUCUACGUGAUGUUGUGCGGAUACCCUCCUUUUUACUCCAGACACCACAGCCGGACUAUCCCAAAGGAUAUGCGGAGAAAGAUCAUGACAGGCAGUUUUGAGUUCCCAGAGGAAGAGUGGAGCCAGAUCUCAGAGAUGGCCAAAGAUGUUGUGAGGAAGCUCUUGAAGGUCAAACCAGAGGAAAGACUUACCAUCGAGGGAGUGUUGGAUCACCCCUGGCUCAACUCAACUGAGGCCCUGGAUAAUGUGCUACCCUCUGCUCAACUGAUGAUGGAUAAGGCGGUGGUUGCAGGAAUCCAACAGGCCCAUGCAGAACAGUUGGCCAACAUGCGAAUCCAGGACCUGAAAGUCAGCCUCAAACCCCUGCACUCUGUGAACAACCCCAUUCUAAGGAAGAGGAAAUUACUCGGCACCAAGCCAAAGGAUGGUGUUUAUAUCCACGACCGUGAGAAUGGAGCCGAGGAUUCAAAUGUUGCCUUGGAAAAGCUCCGAGAUGUGAUUGCUCAGUGUAUUCUCCCCCAGGCUGGUAAAGGAGAGAAUGAAGAUGAAAAGCUGAAUGAAGUAGUUCAGGAAGCUUGGAAGUAUAACCGGGAAUGCAGACUCCUAAGAGAUACUCUGCAAAGCUUCAGCUGGAAUGGUCGUGGAUUCACAGAUAAAGUAGAUCGACUAAAACUGGCAGAAAUUGUGAAGCAAGUGAUAGAAGAGCAAACCACAUCCCACGAAUCCCAAUAAUGACAGCUUCAGACUUUGUUUUUUAACAAGUUGAAAAUUUAUUCAUUAAUGUAUAAUUUGUAUGUAAAUUAAUAAAUCAUAAUUUCAUUUCCACAUUGCUUAAAGAUGCUGUAUAAAUUUAGAUACAGGAUUUACUAAUAGUAUAGUUCAUUUGUUUUUAAGAAAAGCUCAGUUCCUAAUAUAUUAUUACUUUAGGAUUGUUUAGUCAUAUGUGUGGUAAAGCUGACAUAGAUGGUAUUGUCAAGCAAGAUUGUUUUAUUUGUAAUAAAGUAUACAAAAACCAUUUGCCAGUGGUAGGCAAAGGACCAACUAUACUGACCUUAGUAAACAGUUGAAUCAAGUACUGUGGAA